ACACCUCGAAGAACAUACACUCGCGAGCGCCGCAGCUCCAGACAAUCCACGCAUACGUCAGACACUCAGACCUCGAAGACGACUACUGUACAAACAUAUCGGCUGGUGAACUUGCGCGCUUCCGGUGUCUAUAUUGACCAGUCAGUUGCGCUGCCAUCUGGGAGUGAUGAGUAUGUACGACAAAUCCUCGGUAUCGCGUUCUGGGAAGACCAAGUGCCAGCACCAAACGAACUUGGAAUGCAGCUGCUUUUCAGCGAGCUAGUAGACGAAUUCGCGACAGAAUCACAACGUCUUGCCAGCAAAUGUGCCCUCGAGGCCGACUGGCAAAUUUGCCUCUUUAAUGUUGUGAAGAAAAUGACUCAACGGUUGGGAGGCGUACUUGAAACCAACGUGUCCGAGAAAGUUUGGAACUCGCAUCUGAAACCAAAGCGUCUAGUACGGCAGCAAGAACCACCGCAAGCUAAUACCCCCAACAUUGAUCCAAGCCUUGCCAUGGAGACCGACGCCGAUGGUUCUGAGGUGACGCCGGCAUCUCCACACUCUUUGUCAACUAUGAGUACCGAAAUAGCAAGCAUGUACCACAUCACAACUCCAAAACCAGACAUGACAGUUGGACUCGCACACCAAGCAUUUACGGAACGGCAUCAGAAUCUGCUCUACGAUUACCAUGCUUGCAAGCUUAUCUUAAGCGAUCCUCAUGCAGCUCAGAUUGGUCUCCGGUUUCCGUUCAUGAUCGUAGAGUUAAAGGCAAACGUCACUCUUACCGCUGCGCAGAACCAAGCCGCUGUUGGUGGUGCCUGCAUUCUGAAGAUUCAGGAGGAUCUGGCUCGCCAAGCAGCACGCAGUCCCAAGUUUCGCCCAGAGCAAGUAUCGCCGUUGCCAACACUAGCAGAACUGUCUCCAGCGCUGGCACUAUGUUUCUCUAUUGUGACUGAAGGGCCUACACACGAGCUAUGGGUGCAUUUUAAGCUUAACGACAACUUUCAUAUGCUCAACCUUAAGAGCUGGCGUACUACAAUAGGAGGCCAUGCGAAAGAGUUCAUAAACUGUUUAGGUCGGAUAAUUGAAUGGGGCAAAGGUGAUUUUAAGGAGCACGUUGUGGAGAUGCUAGAUCAAGUGCCGAGCAUAUGA